GCGCGGAGAGGGCGCAGGCGUUGGUUUUCGCUGAUGAAGGCAGUUAGCUAAGCUGGGGGCGCCCUGAGAGGUCAGUAGCACCAGACUCUCCAACAGGUCCGACCUGGCCACGGACUGCAGGAGAGGUUAGCAGGCCGCGAGAAGGCGAGGGCCCCCUGCCAAAGAUGGCUGAUAAAGCCAAGAAGCCAGAGCCCGCGGAUGAAGUGGGCACCAGGACCGGAUUUACCCGCUACAAAUGGGAAUUGAAAAGGAGCAACAAAGAGUUCUGGCGCUCAGGGCACGCAGUGGUCAAGUUAAUAAGUGUGAUCUGCCUGUUCAUAGCACUGGCGUACUUCAACGUAGCCACGGCGCAUCCUGCCUUGACUCUCAUCAUCACCUUGGAGGUGUUCAUCUUUUUCUUCUUCAUUAUCAUAUACACCUUUGCCAUCCAAAGAUACCUGGUUUUCAUCUUGUGGCCAGUUUCUGACCUCCUCAACGACCUGUGCUGCUUCGGGUUCCUUGUGGGCGGCAUAUUCUUUGCUGUAAACAGUCGAGAAACAAUGCCAGUGGAGUACGUCGUUGGUGUGGCCCUCAUGGGUGUGGCAGCACUGUUUGCUUUUAUCGAUUUAUGUCUUCAAAGAAAACACUUUGGCAAGAAGGGCCCUCCAGCUGCUCCUCCACCAGCGUCAUGAAGGAGAUUCCCGUUUCAGAAAUGGAAGUGUAUUUUACAGCAAAACACUUGGACUGUCUUCCUGGUCUGCUUUCUAGAAUGGUUUUCUUUUCCAUUUUAACAACCUCCUCUUCUUGGAAAAGAAUUUUCUCCUUAAAUGAAUUUUAAAACUCGAA